AUGCGGGCUGACCGCGAACGCGGGGCGCCAGGCGGGCCGGGGCGCCUACGCAGUGCCUCUUUCUCAUGGGGGCCACACACGCGCUCAGAGCUCCAGACGGCGGUCCUCUCGCACCCAUUUAACCAUACCCUGAAUCUAGUCGUGCCGGCCACCGCAGACGUGAGACCCCUUCAAGCCGCGCUGGAGAACACCAUCCACGCAGCCGGUCCAGGGCCGUGCCUCGCGCACGUCCCCGCCACGCUGUUUCUCGAGCCGUCGUUUGUGGCCCAGUACAUCCUUACAGGCUCACUGUACGCCCUAAGCAUGACCCGCCUCGACUCCGACGAUACCCUGUGCGUCGAUGGCCAGGGAAUGCUCAUACUGUCGGUGUGCAAGGACACGUACCAGCAGCUGGGCCUCGUGGGCCGCCCAUGCCGCUUCGCACAUGGCGCGUCCGGCCGCAUGGGCGAUCGGCGAAGCGGGCCUGUAUCGCGUUACAUGAUCCAGCUGCCUCUUUCUGAUCCAUCGUUUGUGCCGGGUAAGCGCGGCUACGAACGCGCACGGCAGUGCCUCGCGGCGUGGGACAAGGCUCGGGGGCGCGCAUCCUGGCCCUGCCUGUUCGCAUGGACUCCGCCCGCGCCGUUCGACGCGCCCUCAGCGCGUGCGUGGGCUCCUAUCACAUUCUCCGAGGCGCUCGUUGAUCCGACAAACGUGCGUUUCGUGCAGCCGGAUACGGUGGUGCGCAUGCACGAGGACGUAUGGGCGCCACGCCGCCCGAGUGCACCCAGCCGCAGCGACGUGGGCCUGUGGCUGGAGUGGGCCGGGCUCAUGGCUCUGCCGUCGCCGCGCCUGCGCGCGUUCGACAGGUGCGAGCCCUAUGUGUGCUUGUACGAUCCCCCCCCCGCCAGCACGCCCAGCGCGUGCCUGCACCUGCGUGUGAUGGGAUGGCUGCCGCCCGCGCUUGUAGCGCAGUGCCUACAGAUCGCCUGGGACUGGGUGGAGGCGCACCGCAGCAUCGCGGCUCUCAGCGUGGGCGGAUUCGCGGAUACCCCGAUUGCAUGGCAGUCCAAGUACCCUGGGCAUGCGCUGCCGCUGGGCAGUGGCACGCUCACCGGCGCCGGGCCGCCGGACGACGGGCGCACGGCGGCUACGCGCGCGCGGAAAGUGCGGCGCAAGGGGCACAUUCGCGCUGGCGAGACGGAGCAUGGUAUUUUGCGCUCGGGCGAAAAUGGCUACACAAUCCUGCUCUUUCCGGAGCGCAGCGCCGACGACGAUGCGCAGGUCUUCCUGCUAGAGUCGGUCGAGCUCGAUACCCAUUAG